GCCAAGCCAUCAGCUUGUCACCUUCCCGCCCGUGCCCGAGCAGAACACCGGAACAGAGCGAGCGAACACAAGCUAAUUAAGCGACCCAUGGCCCAGGGAAGCGAUGCCGCCGCGUGCCGCUGCAGUCUGCCCCUGCUGCCACUGCCACCGCGGCGCCUCCUCCUCGUCGUCCUCGUCGCCAUGCUCACCGUGGUUUUGGUGGCGCCGCCGUCGGCGAGGGCGGCGUGGGUGGAGGACUACCCGUCGGGGGUGCCGUGCGGGGCGACGAUCCCGGUGGAGCAGUGCGACCCGGGGGACGCGGCGGCCAACAGCGCCUGCAUGGACGUGUGCCACUACGGCGGGUGCCGCCGCGGCGGCCGCUGCGUGUCGCUCGGCUUCGCCAGGGGACGCGGCUGCCAUUGCAGGUGCUAGCCUGCCGCGCGGCAGCUUCCAUGUUCUUGCACUUCGCCAGCGGUUCUUCCCGGCCUUUUUUCCCCUCUGUGUGUGUUUGAGUGGUACGAUCUGUGCAAUAUUGCGUUGGGUGUUUUCACCUGCGCAGUCGGUGGCUUUUGUUUGCUCCUGCGUUUUUCUGCAUGCACAGAUUAAGGUCCCGUUUGGAUUCCCUCCGCUCCGCGGCUCCGCGCCGGAGCAGAGCGGCAAUCCAGUUAGGGAGCGUUCGGAAUCCCUCCACUCCCAAGUCAGCUCGCGGAGCCGGCGGAGCUGCAGGCUGAAAAGGUAAAGCUGAGAUAUACGCGCUCCGCAGAUCUGCGGAGCUGGCGGAAGGCCGAACAGGCCCUUAAUUUACACCAUAAUUUAAGGAGUUGGUUAAACCCCGCUCUGCGCGCUUCGCUCCGCGAGGACUGUCGAACGCGGCCUAAGGCCAAAAGCCGUCUCUCAAAUUAGAGUCACUGUCCGUCUAAAACGGAAUUUAAGCAAACUGGACAAAUUGAACCAAGUUAAUACUCCCUCCGAUCAGAAAAAAAGUGUCGUGCCUUCAAACUAAGUUUGAACUAACCUUGGUUCAAACUGCGACACUUUUUUCAGAUCGGAGAGAAUAAUAUUUUUGACACAUUUCAUUAACAAAAGUGCACAUGACAUUUUUUUAACCUAGUCUAAAUCUCCACGUACCGUGGAGGCCCCCGUGUUCCACGUCCUAUUCUUCCCUAUGUUCGUGGCUUCGAGAAGUGAAGUUGUGGGUAAUCGGCGAGGGGGAGAGUAG